AUGCAGCUUAAAUCCCUCCUCGCCGUCGUUGCGGUCGCAGCACUCAGCGGAGAGGCCGAGGCGUGGCUCAGAUUCAGGCCUCUCGGCGGAGUUCUCGCUGGACUUCCAAGAUCUAAUCAAGACGGUUAUACCACUCUCGCCUAUUUCCCAGUUAUCAUCCGCCAACCAACUGCCGUCCCACCACCACCCGGCCCAAACCUGCAAACCGCUAUGCAGAAUGGAGAUGCUACGUGUCGGGCAAACGCCGGUGUCGGCAGCCGCGCUUGCAUUGACAAUGCCGGUACUCUAAUGGCUUGUAUCCCAUUCCGGCCAGGCUGCCCGUAG